CCCCGGUUUAUGCUUUUGCUUGCCCGUGAGGCAUAUACAGCCUUGUACUACAGCGAAAUAAAGUUGACUUUUGACUGCCUGCCUGCCUGCACUGCCCAUCCUGAUAAAAGCACACGACACCUCAGCAGAUGUGAGUCUCUGGCACAACACCUCUCUCCGACUCUUCCACCUCUUGGAGCGUACCCUCGAACCAUGGCGGAGCGCAACAACUCCUCCCCCGACAGGGAAGCUCCGCGUGCUCCGAACGCCGCCUUCCCACGGGAAACCCUGCCCAAGGACCUCCAGAAGAUCAUCGACCGACAGUCUCAGGAUGACUGGAUGGAGAACAUCUACGAGGGCGCGGCGCCCGACACGACGGACACCAACAUGCGGUACGCAGCCUACGCGAACCGCCUGCGGACCAUCAUGCUCAGCGCCCAGCGUUACGUCGCAUACACCUCCGACAUAGGCGAGUCGUUCCGGCCCGUCGCACACCCAUGGCUGGUCCGAGGGGCCUACGGCGUCUCGUGGGCCUACGUGCUGGGCGACGUCGCCAAUGAAGGGUGGCGAACGUACAAGAGGAAUCAAAAGAGGUUACACCCCGACGGCGACGAAUACCGGGACGCAAGUAAGACCUCCCUCGCGGCCCAGGAACUCACGAGGCCGCCGGUACACAUCCCCGCCAUCGAAGACUACCGGAGCGUCAUGGCGCAACGAGCGGUCUUCCAGAGUCUGGCGUCGAUGGGUCUGCCGGCUUUCACGAUCCACAGCAUCGUCAAGUACUCCGGGAAGGCUUUGAAGAAUGCAAAGAAUGCAACGAUACGGACAUGGGGUCCCAUUGGGCUCGGCCUUUCAUGUGUUCCUGCGCUUCCGUACUUUUUCGACAAGCCCGUCGAAGAGGCUGUGGAGUGGACUUUUUACCAAGCAUUCAAGGCCAUUGGCGGAGAGAAGGCAGUGGGAGAUAGACAUUCCGUCGGCCGGCAAGAUGCCAUCAAGGCUGAAGCCAAGAUUUUGAAGGAGAAGAAAGAAUUAUGAAGCUCUUAAUGGUUAAAGUCAAGCGUUGGUCCAGUUCAUGAUGUUUCAUUAGCCCGCCACUCAAUACGAGGGAAGUAUUGUAUAUAGAACAAUCCGCUUAUCUAAAGGUACCAUACAAAGACGAAACCUCCUAUGACUUUCAUGGACUCGUUCUGCUUACAAGAAUCUCGCUAAAAUACCAUUCAAGUCACUUUCACG